ACUAAUUCAAAAUGGUGGCGAUAUUUCUGCUGCGACGCAUGAAAAAAAAAACGCAUGAAACGUGAAAAGCGAUCUUUUUGUGUUGGAAAAAGUGCAUUUAAGAACAAGUGGCUUGCGGGAAAAACAUAAACAUUUGAGAGUGACCGUGUUCAAGUGUAUUGGCUGUAUUUAAUGAGCGCUAUAAGGCAACUGGGGGUGCUACCACGACAAUAUAAUGAGCCAGGCACUCAAUGAAUCGGCGAAUAGUAUUGGCUCAGACGAACAAGAUGACACCCGGGAGGCGGCGAAUGGCACCGAUGACCAUAGUGGCAGUGGCAGCGGUAGCGGCAGCGGCUCCUCAGGCUCCGAUUCGGACUCGGACAGCUCCUCUGGUAACUCCAGCGAUGGACGCAGUUCCGCGGAGCCGGAAACCAAAUCGUCGACGGUGGCGUCAGGUUUUCCACCAACAGCUGCUGCUGCCCAGGCGGACAGCAAGACGAAUGGAUUCACAGAUGAUCAGGAAGACGACAGCUCCAGCGGUGGGUCCAGUGGAAGCGACUCCGAUUCCGAUGCCGAUGGUCAAGCCGAUCACAGGGAUCAGGGGAGCAUCAACAAUAAAACAAACACGAGCACCAGCAGCAGCAGUUUGUCAAAGCCGGAACGAGAUGACGAGGACGAUGAGACUGAGGCUGGUCAUCAGCAGCCAGCCAGCGAGGCCUCUGCCGACGGUUCUGCCAGUGAUAGUUCUGCCAAUGUCUCGCCAACAUCCUCCAGCAGCAGCAGCGAGGAUGAAGAGGAAGACUACAGACCCAAACGGACGCGCCAGGCGCGCAAGCCACCAGCUACUGCUGCGGACAAAUCCAAGCGAGCUCCAGCUCCCAAAAAGAAGAAAAGAAAACGUGAGAUUGUUGUGAUCCUUCUGUUUCUUCAUUCGCUUUCACAACAGCUUUUGUUUUCAUUUGCCAGCUGGGAUUCGGACGAAAGCGAUGAAAGCGAGGACAGUGAUGACGACGUGUCCGCUGCGUCCCAAAAACGUAAGCCCGCGGCUACUACCUCUAGGAGCAAACCGGCACAGCAGCAGCAGUCUAAACGCCGGGUGAAGUCCUUUAGCUCGGAGGACAGCGAUGAUGACGAUGCCAGCAAGCGCUGCGCCACCCGUCGCACAGCCGCAGCUGUUAGCUACAAGGAAGCCUCUGAGAACGAGGAAACCGACUCUGAGGAUCUGCUGGAGUGUGAGUACGACGAGAGUCAGGCAGCCGCAUCUGCUGCCGCCGCCGAGGAGGAGGAGAAGUGUGAGACGAUCGAGCGCAUCCUGGCGCAGCGUUUGGGUAAGCGGGGAUGCACCGGCAACCAGACAACGAUCUAUGCCAUUGAAGAGAACGGCUUUGAUCCGAAUGCGGGAUUCGAUGAAAAGGCAUCGGAGGCGGAAGCAGAGGUUCAGUUUCUGAUCAAGUGGAAGGGCUGGUCAUACAUCCACAACACCUGGGAGUCUGAGGCGACACUGCGCGAUAUGAAGGCCAAGGGCAUGAAAAAGCUAGACAACUUCAUCAAAAAGGAGCAGGAUCAGGCAUAUUGGCGCCGCUAUGCCGGGCCCGAGGACAUUGACUACUUUGAAUGUCAAUUGGAGCUACAGAACGAACUGCUGAAGUCAUAUAACAAUGUGGAUCGAAUCAUUGCCAAGGGCUCCAAGCCGGACGACGGAGCCGAGGAGUACCUGUGCAAGUGGCAGUCACUGCCAUAUGCAGAAUCCACCUGGGAGGAUGCUGCUCUGGUUCUGCGCAAGUGGCAGCGCUGUGCGGAGCAGUUCAUCGAACGGGAGAGCUCCAAGUGCACACCUUCUCGUCACUGUCGCGUGCUCAAGUAUCGCCCAAAGUUCUCUCGAAUAAAGAACCAGCCAGAGUUUCUCGUGCCGGGACUAGUGCUCAGAGAUUACCAGAUGGACGGUCUAAAUUGGCUGCUCCACUCGUGGUGCAAGGAGAACUCUGUGAUUCUGGCCGAUGAAAUGGGCCUCGGCAAGACCAUUCAGACUAUCUGCUUCCUCUACUCGCUCUUUAAACUGCACCAUCUCUACGGACCUUUCCUGUGCGUGGUGCCACUUAGCACUAUGACCGCCUGGCAGCGGGAGUUCGAUUUGUGGGCACCGGACAUGAAUGUAGUGACCUACCUUGGCGACAUCAAGUCGCGCGAGUUGAUCCAGCAGUAUGAGUGGCAGUUCGAGGGCUCAAAGCGGCUUAAAUUCAAUUGCAUCCUCACAACCUAUGAGAUUGUUUUGAAGGACAAGCAAUUUCUGGGCACUCUACAGUGGGCGGCACUGCUGGUGGACGAGGCCCAUCGGCUCAAAAAUGACGAUUCGUUGCUCUAUAAGUCGCUAAAGGAGUUCGACACCAACCAUCGUCUGCUAAUUACGGGCACACCGCUGCAGAACUCACUCAAGGAGCUCUGGGCCCUACUACACUUUAUCAUGCCAGAGAAGUUCGAUACGUGGGAAAACUUUGAGGUGCAGCAUGGCAAUGCAGAGGACAAGGGCUACACCCGACUACACCAGCAGCUAGAGCCCUACAUCCUGCGCCGAGUGAAGAAGGACGUGGAGAAGUCCUUGCCAGCGAAGGUGGAGCAAAUUUUGCGAGUAGAGAUGACCUCGCUGCAGAAACAGUACUACAAGUGGAUCCUUACCAAGAACUUCGACGCCCUGCGCAAGGGGAAGCGCGGCAGCACCUCCACAUUUCUAAACAUAGUUAUCGAGCUGAAAAAGUGCUGCAACCACGCCGCUCUCAUUCGCCCCUCGGAGUUUGAACUAAUGGGUCUGCUGCAGGAUGAGGCUCUACAGACGCUGCUAAAGGGCUCCGGAAAAUUAGUGUUGCUCGACAAGCUGCUGUGCCGACUUAAGGAGACGGGCCACCGUGUGCUAAUCUUUUCACAGAUGGUACGCAUGCUGGAUGUCCUCGCUGAUUACCUGCAGAAGCGUCACUUUCCCUUCCAGCGCCUGGACGGCAGCAUCAAAGGAGAAAUGAGGCGCCAGGCUCUGGAUCACUUCAAUGCCGAAGGAAGUCAAGACUUUUGCUUCCUUCUCUCUACAAGGGCCGGAGGCUUGGGCAUUAAUCUGGCCACAGCUGACACAGUGAUCAUCUUCGACUCUGACUGGAAUCCGCAGAACGAUCUACAGGCCCAGGCCAGAGCCCAUCGGAUCGGUCAGAAGAACCAGGUUAAUAUUUAUCGCCUGGUCACCGCUCGAUCGGUAGAGGAGCAGAUUGUGGAACGAGCCAAACAGAAAAUGGUGCUGGAUCAUCUGGUCAUCCAGCGGAUGGAUACCACGGGACGGACCGUUCUCGACAAGAGCGGCAACGGCCACUCUUCAAACUCGAAUCCGUUUAACAAGGACGAUCUGUCGGCUAUUUUAAAGUUUGGCGCCGAAGAGCUGUUUAAGGACGAGCAGGAGCACGAUGACGAUCUAGUCUGCGACAUUGACGAGAUCUUGCGUCGUGCCGAGACACGCAAUGAGGACCCAGAGAUGCCAGGCGAUGACUUGUUGUCUGCCUUCAAGGUGGCUAGCAUAGCAGCCUUCGAGGAGGAACCAAGCGAGGCGGCGGUCAACAAACAUGCAGAACAAGAUGCCGCCGACGAUGAGGACGACAGCAAGGACUGGGAUGACAUUAUCCCUGAGGGCUUCCGAAAAGUGAUUGAGGAUCAGGAGCGCGCCAAGGAAAUGGAGGAUCUAUACUUACCGCCGCGAAGGAAGACUGCAACUUCUGCCAAUCAAAACGAGACCAAGCGGGGGGCAGGCGGAAAGGGAGCCAAGGGCAAGCAGCAAGCGGAUGAUUCGGCCGACUCAGACUACGAGCUGGGCUCUGAGGGCAGCGGAGACGAUGGUCGACCGCGAAAGCGGGGACGGCCAACGAUGAAGGAGAAGAUCAUUGGCUUCACAGACGCCGAGUUGCGACGUUUCAUCCGCAGCUACAAAAAGUUCCCCGCCCCACUUCACCGCAUGGAGGCAAUCGCAUGCGAUGCCGAGCUGCAGGAGAAGCCGCUGGCCGAGUUGAAGCGCCUUGGCGAGAUGCUGCACGACCGCUGCGUUCAGUUCUUGGACGAGCACAAGGAGGAAGAGAACAAGACUGUGACGACGACGGAUGAGACGGUGGGUGCGAAACAGCGGCGCGCCCGCGCUACCUUUUCAGUUAAGCUGGGUGGGGUCUCAUUUAACGCCAAAAAGCUGCUGACCUGCGAGCAGGAGCUGCAGCCGCUUAACGAAAUCAUGCCCAGCGGUGCUGAAGAGAGGCUGCAGUGGAGUUUCAACAUUAAGACGCGAGCCCCACUCUUCGACGUCGAAUGGAGUAAUGAGGAGGACACGAAGCUGCUGUGCGGCAUCUAUCAGUAUGGGAUCGGAUCCUGGGAGCAGAUGAAGCUAGACCCUACGCUCAAGCUCACGGACAAGAUCCUGUUAAACGACACGCGCAAGCCGCAGGCCAAGCAGCUGCAGACCCGUGCCGAGUACCUGCUUAAGAUCAUUAAAAAGAACGUUGAACUGACCAAAGGUGGCCAGCGGCGUCGUCAGCGUCGACCCCGAGCAUCAAGAGCGUCCACCAACGACGCCAAGUCUGUGACCGGCCAUCAGGCAGCAAGCAGCUCGAAUGCCGACGGUAGGUCGCAGGAUGCAGACGAGGCGGUCACUGCCCCUGAGAGUGCGGGUGCCAGUCAUAUAGAUCACUCAACCUCCUCGCCGCACAACAUCCCUUCCUCUGAUCAGGCCAGCAGUGGCACCGCCAAGAAGACCAAAAAGUCCAAGGUCCGGUCGAAAAAGAAUAGCGCCUCGGACAACAACGGAAACAAGCCGAUGCACUUUACGGCAAAUAAUGAGCCGCGCGCCCUGGAAGUACUGGGCGACCUGGAUCCCAGCAUAUUCAACGAAUGUAAAGAGAAAAUGCGUCCAGUGAAAAAGGCCCUAAAAGCUCUGGAUCAACCGGACCUAAGCCUGUCCGACCAAGACCAAUUGCAACAUACAAGAGAUUGUCUGCUACAGAUCGGCAGGCAGAUCGACGUAUGCCUGCAGCCGUACGGUGAGCCGGAAAAGAAAGAAUGGCGCAGCAACUUGUGGUACUUCGUAUCCAAGUUCACAGAGUUGGACGCAAAGCGUCUUUUUAAAAUCUAUAAGCAUGCACUUAAGCAGCAGACGGGAAAGGAGGAGGGGAAGGGCAAGGCCAAGGACUCAUCGGCGGGUAAUCCCAACAAGUCCAAGCGCAACGGGAUAUCAUCUGAAAAGGAAAAGGACAAGGAUCGGGACAAGAGCGGAGAAAAAAAGAAAAAGGACAAGGACAAGGAACGUGCUAGUAGUGGGCGUUAUCUGGAUACGGGAACGCCUUCCGCGAGCGGGCGAUUCACCAAUGAUUCUCCGCUAAAGCGAAAGAGAGACGAGAAUGAUGCUGCUGACACUAGUAGCGGUACAUCUGGAAUUCCCGGAGCUGGUGGCAUCAGCGAACAAUUAAAGUCCAUGUCGUCGUUUAAGCGACAAAACAUGGAGCGCCAUGAGGAUCGAAAAAAGCAUCAUCGUGGCGGCGGCGACUAUUUUGGCGCUAGUGGUGCACCUCCAGGUAGUGGUGCUGGCGCGGGCUACGAAAGUGGCCGUCGGCAAGGUCUCAACUCGCCCUCUACGCCAAAUAGUAGUCGAGGGGGAGGUGGUCGAGGCGGCUAUGAGCCACCACCCGCUCCAUCCGGCUACACGCCGGAGAUGGAGCGGUGGCAUGCCCGCGAGAGAUACAGCUUGGAAUACAAGCGCGAUCGCUACGAUGCUGGGUAUGCGCGAAGUGGCGGAGCUCCUGGAGGAGGGUACCAUCGGGAUCAUCGAGAACGCGAACGCGACCGCCGUCCCGAUAAACGCAGAUUCCCUUCUGGGCAUCUCCCGCCGCAUGCUUACCCGAACCAUUACCUACCGCCCAACUACUAUAUGCCGAAUGGAGUCGUUCCCGGAUUGCCACCACCGCCACCAUCAGUCUAUCGCACCGAUCCUCGCGGCUAUCCUGUGAUGCCGCGUGACUACCCUGCCGACUACAGACGCAGUAGCGAAUACGAGCGACGCACGCAGACCUAAAGAGGAGCCGGCACGGAACACCCGAGUCUUUUGUAUAUAAAAUACCUAGACAUAAGCACAUAUGCAAGGGGAAAUUCCUCUCCGAGCAAAUGAACCUGCAUACAAUAUACGUUUAGCGUUGCCCCAUAUACAUACAUCAUGUACAAGUAAACGUAGCGACUAUAUAGACUAUACAUAGACUACGUAUUGUCACACCCAUUCGCACAGGGCAAACACUGCAUCAUCAUCAUGAAUCGAGCUGCAAUUCUCGGCCUCAAACCCUAAUCUUAGACAACUAUUUGUGUAUAAAUCAAUAUUUUUCUACUAUUAAAUUGUACAGCAGCAGGUUAUGGAAGUGUGCAGUUAACAGAGUCGUUUCAAAAGCUUUUAAACCAACAACAAAUUCUCACUAUUAUAUUUAUGAAUUAACUUAUACGAUUGUAAAAACACAGAAUCAAUGAUAAGGAUGAUGAAAGAUAGGAACAGCAUGCUAAGAAUUUGUUUUUGUCUAUAAUGCAUUCAUUUAUAUUUACCAUAAUAUAGAAAUAAAGAAUAACAGCGAAUGAUUCAGAGAAGUGUAAUUUAGUUAAAUUUAAAGGUUCUAAUAAUUACGAUAAAAUAUAAUAUGUUGUAGUGUCUGAAAACAAAUAUAUGAUGUAUAUCAAUAAAUUAUAAAAUAUAUA